AUGUCCUCACUCGAUUUUCCCGCAGACUUUGUGCUCGAUCUGCACGACCUAGCGGCCAUCAUACUCGACUGCCACGCUCGCAUCGAGGAAAGAUUUGCCGACGCUCAGCUGGUCGAAACACUCGCCGAUUCUAACAAUCUGCAAACGUUCGAUCCGCGCACCCUUCCGCCCGAAUGGAGCGCGGCGACCGAGCAGUCGCAGAAGAGGCUUGCCUACAUUCUCCGACGAGAGGACUCAAAGUCCGGGCGCGUCACCCUCGAUAACCUCGCUCAUCCCGACGGUGUAAAACUCCAACCAGGAGUUGAGCUCACCCGACGCGCGUUGGAGAACGCGUUCUGGCGUUGCAAGACAUUCGACAGCGGGUACGUUCUCGCGUACGCCGCGCAAUCCGUCUUCGAGAGCCUCCCGCCCACCGCGCGACUCCGUGCACGCACAUCGUCCGGGUACGAGCUAAUGUGCUCACCAACCGAUUUUUCCGUCAUGGAGGCGCAAGUCCUCCCGCACCAAGCAUGCUACAUGGUCGUCUACAAGCAGCUUCCCAGCCGCGGUGCUUCCCUCGUCGAAUGGGGGCGACACCUGUCGGGCUUCCUGAAGCCGAUGCCCUGGAUCUACCUUUUCGUAGGCGAACCCGUCUCCACAGAUCCAGAGCACGACACCCGCGUCGCCCUCGAUCUCGCACUCAUGCAGCUAGGCGGACGCGGCGGCGCGAACGAGCAUUUCGCGCUCGAGCGAGGCAUCGACUAUCAUGAAAAAGUCCUGCCGCGCUUCGCGCAGGAGGCAGGAGACUGGGUUGCGUCGGGCAACAUAGCCUUGUCACAGUCGAACAUCCGAAAGCAGGGUGAUGACCUCGCACAGAUGGUCAUUGCCGUCUGA